AUGCCUCAUUUACGUAUUUUUGAUAUUAAAAAUGAUGGUUGUGUAUCAAAAAGUACAUCAACAUAUCAUGAAUUAAUUAAUCAAUUUUCUUUAUUAUAUUGUGGAACUUUUUAUUCAACUGAACCAUUUCGAAGAAAUUAUUAUAAAUUUUAUUGGUCAUUAAAUAAACAAAUAUGUUCAUAUAUUGAAACAAAACAUUUUAAUUCAGUUAAAUAUAUUUAUAUUUAUGGUAUUAAUGACAAUAAUAAUACAAAUAAUAAUAAUAAUAAUAAUAAUAUAUAUUUUUCAAAUGUUAUUGAAUUAAAACUUGAACAAUGUAUGGAACAUUUGGAUUAUUCUUUAUCAGAAAUAUUAAAUAAUAUACUUCCAUUACAUAAAAUUAGAACAGUAAUUAUUAAAAAAUUUUAUCUUCAUUUAAAACAAUUGAUCGAGAUAUUAUAUUAUAGAUAUUCUUCAAAUACAAUUGAAAUUGAUUAUUUAUUUUAUGAUGAUAGUGAACAAUUUUUAUUUAAAAGAAACAAUGAUGUUGAACAUAUAUCAAAAAUAAAUAAUGUUAAAACAUUUAAUCUUCUUUACAAUUGUAAUGUUGAAAAAAUACAGUUGAUUUUCAAUUUAUUUUCUCAAUUAGAAUAUCUUAAAAUUGGAAUUAAAAAUAAAGAAAUAAAGCCAACAAUGGAAUAUAUUUUAUUAAAUAAUUUUAAUAAUAUGUUAAAUUUAUGUUUCUUAUGUAUUACUGAUAUUAACAUGAUAUACUUGAAACAAGUAACUAAACUGAUCGACAACAAAAAAUUAUUGUCGGCGCCAGAAGUAGAUGAGGAAAACUCGGAGAGGAAUAUCUCCAGAACGGCUGCAGCUAGCGAGCUGAUCUUUUUACCAUUAGUAAGAGGAUACUCUAGGGUAUAAGUGUACACUAUAUUCAGUCGGUUAACGUUUGAUCAAGGUUGUUAGUUAUCAUUGAAGAUUUUUGUGCGUUACAGAACAAGAACGUUUUUCAUAUGAGUUCUCAA